GCCUCAGCCCCUUCACAGAACACCGGAGGAUCCACUUACACACGCUACGCCCCAUCUUUAAGCCCCAGUCAGUGCUCCGUUAGCCGCAGGACAACAGAGCCACCGGACGGGCUGUGAGGCGAAGGAAAACGGCUUCACAUGAAGGUGCUGUUGUGAAAAGGUGCAAUAAGUUGCCUUCAUCAGAAUGAUUGAAACAAUCGAUACACAACGUGCCUUACAGGCAGUGGAGCGUCUCCAAGCCAAGCUGAAGGAAAAAGGAGAAGUGCCCACUGAGGAAAAGCUCAGCCUACUGAAAUCAGUACUCCAAAGCCCCCUAUUCCACCAGAUCCUGGUGCUGCAGAAGUCUGUGCAGCAUCUCAGAGACCAGGGAGGCAUUUCGUCAUCCAGGGGGAGUGACCAUGGAGAUCAUUGCACAACAGCUAAACCCAAUGGUGGCCAUGUUUCCAAACCCGACUUCACAACCUCCUCACUUGUCAAAGGCAGCACAUUGUCUGAAGGACUUGUUCACACUGUUAGCAUCAUGGCACAGGGCCGUCACACUACUCAUGUGGAGCUACAGAAACCCCCAUCAGGUGGUCUGGGAUUCAGCGUAGUUGGCCUCAAGAGUGAGAACUGUGGGGAACUGGGCAUCUUUAUUCAGGAAAUACAGCCAGGAAGUGUGGCUCACAGCAGUGAUGGGAAGUUGAAAGAAGCUGAUCAGAUUUUGGCCAUCAAUGGACAGCCGCUGGACAAGACUGUCUCCCACCAGCAGGCUAUCAGCAUCUUGCAGAGUGCCUCGGAGAGGGUACAGCUGAUAGUAGCCCGUGGGCCAGUGCCUAAGCUGGCUAGUCCAGUAGUGUCCCGUACUCCGUCUGCAGCCAGCACUCUCUCUGCCAAUUCCAGUGCAUGGCAUCAUGUGGAGUCUAUCGAAUUGGUCAACGACGGCACUGGGUUGGGAUUUGGUAUCGUUGGAGGAAAGACCACUGGCGUCAUUGUCAAAACCAUACUUCCAGGAGGAAUAGCAGAUCAGGAUGGGCGUCUGCGCAGUGGGGACCACAUCUUGAGAAUUGGGGACACUGAUUUGUAUGGCAUGGGAAGCGAACAAGUGGCUCAGGUCCUGAGACAGUGUGGAAACAGAGUGAGGCUGAUCGUCACCAGAGGUCCGGUGGAUGAGAGUCCUGCUGUGCCCGCUGUCAUGCCAGUGCUUCUGCCAACCGUCAAUGAGCAGAACUUUGAGGAAGAGCAUGCCGAAGCCUUUGAUGUGAGUCUCAACAAGAACACGCAGGGACUGGGCAUCACAAUUGCUGGAUACGUUGGAGACAAAAACUCAGAGCCGUCGGGUAUUUUCGUGAAGAGUAUCACUAAAGACAGUGCUGUGGAUCAAGAUGGACGUAUUCAUGUGGGCGACCAGAUAAUCGCUGUUGAUGGACUUAAUAUCCAGGGGUACACAAAUCAACAGGCAGUGGAGGUCCUUCGCCAUACGGGACAGUCUGUUUAUCUUAAGCUGAUCCGCCGAGGCUUCCGUCCUGAGGAGAUCCCUCCUGCUGUGACCCCUAGUGUUACCAUCCUGCCUCCGUCCACUACAAUCCCCACAACCACCACUGUUAUGAAGGAGCUGGAACUGGAGGGAGAGAAGGAGGAUGAAGCAACGCUGGAGACAAAGACUGAAGGAUCAGAUGUUGCUCUGGUCAUAACUGAAGACAAACGUGGAAUCAAGCUCACCGCCUUUGAAGAGGAUGAGUUGACUAAGAGGUGGCAGGAGAUACUAGGAGCAAGGAAUGAAGUCAUAGUGGCCCAAGUGGAGAAGUUUAGUGAGAGCAGCGGUUUGGGCAUUAGCCUGGAAGCCAACGGUGGACAUCACUACAUCCGCUCUGUCCUGCCUGAAGGUCCAGUGGGACGCUGUGGAAAGCUAUUCAGUGGGGAUGAACUGGUGGAGGUCAAUGGCAGAUCUCUGAUCGGUGAGACCCACAAAGAAGUGGUCCGAAUCUUGAAGGAGCUGCCAGUCUUUGUUUACAUGACCUGCUGCAGGCCGGCCCCCAACCUGCAGUCUGAUAUUGACGUGUAUAUGCCAGAAAUCGAGGCUCUGUCCAAUGUCUCCAGAUUAAAGAAGCAAAUGGAUCUCAGCUCUGUCAUUGGUGUUGAUGAGCCAGAGGUGUCACAUGACACAGAGGAGACUGUCAGUACUCCAAUGGCCAUGUGGGAGGCCGAGAUCCAAAAUAUUGAACUCUUCAAGGGAGAGGGGGGUUUGGGGUUCAGCAUUCUGGACUACCAGGACCCAAUGGACCCCGCCAAAACUGUGAUCGUGAUCCGCUCUCUAGUUACGGAUGGUGUGGCCGAGCACGAUGGCAGGUUGCUGCCAGGAGACCGACUGAUAUAUGUUAAUGACACAAACCUGGAGAAUGCAUGUUUGGAUGAUGCAGUGCAGGCUCUAAAGGGUGCCAGUCUCGGGAUGGUCCAGAUUGGUGUGGCCAAACCUCUGCCUAUUGACACCAGCGACAUGUGUGAGGAGAAGGGAAUGGAGCCUAGCUACCCUGGGGCUGACAAUGACAUCUUACAGGCAUCAAUGAUUGCUUUGCAUGGUAGCAGCUGCAGUGCAGACUUGGAUUACCUGCACUCAUCCACUCCCAAGAUGUCAUCUCGCCUCGAGCUCUCGGAUGAAAAUCCGUGCUUCGCCACCUCAGACCUCAGCACCAAGUCAAUGACUUAUUCACCUCCAACUAUGAGAAGUGACAUGGCAGCCUCCAACCACUUGCUCAGGAGUUCUGAUCAAUACUUAACCCAGCAGACAGUAGAGCCAACGGAGGAUCCCUUCCACUCCUGUGGCCAAUUUGCCGAGAGUGAGAGUCAUCCCAAAGUCCAGGUGGAUCCUGUCGAAGCACUUCAGUGUCAGAUGGAGCAUGCAGUCUCUUUUGAAGCCGAACUAAUGCAGGACAGGGAGGCUGCAGUGAAAGAUUCCACAGUGGAUGGCGACAAGCAAGCGUUGACAUCGGGGAGCAGUUUUGAAAGAACCAUCACAGUCGUCAAGGGCAACGCCAGCUUGGGCAUGACAGUGAGUGCCAUGAAAGAGGGUCUGGGGAUGCUGGUCCGUAGUAUCGUUCAUGGUGGGUCCGUCAGUCAUGACGGACGCCUGGGUGUUGGUGACCUGAUACUGGCCAUCAACGGAGAGGCAACUUCCAACUUGACCAACGUUCAAGCACGUGCCAUGCUGAGGAGACAUUCUCUGCUGGAUCCUGACAUGAGAUCUGCUUGCAUACCUGAUGACGAUCUGUGCCCGUUUUAUGUGAUCACAUAUGUGCCAGCUGAAUAUUUGGAGGAGUACAAGUGCAACCAAGGACAAGCAAGGGACUACGUCUUCUCUGAAACAGCAUCAUUCCUAUCGCCACCUCCCAAUGAUGGUCCUCUCCUUCCGGAGCGAGAGGAUGGGGAAGGAGAGGAGAGUUCCACUUACAGCAAUUGGAACCAACCUAGACUAGUGAAGCUCUUCAGACAGCCAGGCAAGUCCCUGGGCAUCAGCAUUGUCGGAGGUCGGGGUAUGGGUAGCCGACUGAGCAACGGAGAGGUGAUGAGGGGCAUCUUCAUUAAACACAUCCUGGAGGAUAGUCCUGCUGGACUCAACGGGACCUUGAAGACUGGAGACAGAAUAGUGGAGGUGGAUGGAGUAGAUCUGAGAGACGCUAGCCACGAGGAAGCAGUGGAAGCCAUCCGUCGGGCAGGAAAUCCUGUGGCCUUCCUGGUACAGAGUAUCAUUCAGCGACCAAGAUCAGCAAUAACGGCUGUAACCAGUCAGGACAAGGAACCUCUCAAGGAGCAGGAGGCUGACUGUCACAGUAGUCUUGUCUUCCGCCUCUCCCCAACUAACCCUUUCACUCCUACCCCGUUUAAGAAGGCCAAGCUUGAAGCAACUAAGGCAUCCCUCCCUAGCGCUGUCCUCCCCCUGCUAGUGAUGCCCCACGUGGGUGAAACAGACACAGAUACACUGACAGAGGCUCCUGGCAGCAUCACCCAAGUGGAGGAGGCAGGAGGAGAAGAGGAGGAGGCGGAGGAUGAGUUUGGAUACAGUUGGAAGAACAUCCUGCAGCGCUACAUCAACCUGACCGGCGUCCUUCACAUGAUCGAGUUGGAGAAAGGAAAGAUGGGUCUUGGUCUGAGUCUGGCCGGCAACAUAGAUCGCUCCCGCAUGAGCGUGUUUGUGGUGGGAAUCGACCCCCUUGGCGCAGCAGGAAGAGAUGGAAGGAUUCUUGUGGGAGAUGAGCUGCUGGAGAUCAACGGACAUGUUCUUUAUGGCCACAGUCACCAGGAAGCAUCUUCUAUAAUAAAGGGCGCUCCGUCUAAAGUGAAAAUCAUCCUUGUCAGGAACACCGAGGCACUGGAACAGAUGGCUGUAGGACCAGUGAGGGAGCACGAGGGAGACACAGAUGAGACCCAAGAGACCGUGGAGGAGCCCACAGCCAGACAUAUUGAACAUCAGGGGGAGUUUGAUUCUGUCUUUGCAUCAGCUGAAAGAAGCACUGAGUCUGGUGUUCAGGACAAACAUGACGAUGACUCCCGCUUAGAGGAAAAACAACCUCCAGAGAAUGGAGAUUCAUUGUCCAGCUUCUCUCAGUGCCAGACAAUAUGCCAGGACCCAGGGCUUCCCUCGUUUACUGCUGUCACACAACCAGUGGUGGAGGUCACCACAAGUCACAGUCGCCCAUCCAGCCCUUCCACUCUGACCAGUGACCCGGCCACCUGCCCCAUCAUCCUUGGGUGUGAGACCACCAUCGACAUCUCCAAGGGCAGCACUGGUCUGGGCCUCAGCAUCGUGGGGGGUUGUGACACCCUGUUGGGUGCAAUUAUCAUUCACGAGGUCUACGAAGAAGGAGCCGCUUCCAAGGACGGCAGACUGUGGGCUGGAGACCAAAUCUUGGAGGUGAACGGCAUCGAUUUGCGUGCCGCCAGUCAUGAUGAAGCCAUCAACGUCCUGCGUCAGACCCCACAGAGGGUCCAACUGACCGUGUACCGAGAUGAGACCCAGUAUAAAGAGGAGGACCUUUGGGACUCGUUUACCGUUGAGCUGCACAAGAAUCCGGGUCAGGGUCUUGGCUUGAGCAUCGUUGGCCGAAGGUCACGGGACCACAGGAAUGAUAGUGGAGUGUUUGUAUCAGAUGUGGUACAAGGAGGACUGGUGGACACAGAUGGUCGGCUGAUGCAGGGUGACCAGAUUCUCUCUGUGAACGGCGAGGAUGUCAGGUCGGCCACUCAGGAGGCUGUAGCUGCGCUGCUUAAGUGCUGCUUUGGGACCAUUAAAAUGGAGGUCGGGAGGUUUAAAGCCGGGCCCUACCACUCGGAGAGAAGACUGUCCCUGACUAGCCAGACUAGUGAGACUGGCAGCUACAUAGGGAUCACUCAGUCCUGCUCAGACUCGAACCUUCCGGACGAAGCUGCAAAGCUUAGCAGUCAUCAAGAAUGUGGUCCAUGUCCUCCAGACUCCAGAACUGUUGAGUUCACAAAAGGUCCGGGUGAUUCUCUGGGCAUCAGUAUUGCAGGAGGGGUGGGCAGUCCUCUGGGGGACAUUCCCAUAUUCAUCGCCAUGAUGAAUCCUGUCGGCCUUGCUGCACAGACCCACAAACUCAAGAUUGGUGACCGCAUCAUUAGUAUCUGCGGAACCCCUGCAGAGGGUAUGACCCACUCGCAAGCGGUCACUCUGCUCAAAAACGCAACCGGAACCGUCCAGCUGCAGGUGGUGGCAGGCGGCGACAGCACAGUAACAGGUGCAACUCACGAGCAGGCAGCUGUGGGACUCACGCCUAGCUGCAUCUUCCAAGACGAUCUCAGCCCACCUCAGUACAAGACCAUCGUCCUGGAGCGUGGCCCAGACGGGCUCGGUUUUAGCAUCGUGGGUGGAUUCAGCAGCCCCCAUGGAGACUUGCCCAUCUACGUAAAGACUGUCUUUGGAAAGGGGGCAGCAGCUGAGGACGGUCGUCUGAAACGCGGCGACCAGAUCAUGGCUGUGAAUGGGACACCACUGGAGGGAGUCACCCAUGAAGAGGCAGUUGGCAUUUUGAAGAAGACCAAAGGAACUGUUACACUCACAGUCCUGUCAUAGUCAAAACUGUCAGACACACUUUGUACACUCAACCAGGUGUGGUCACUGCACAAGCACACAUACAGCUUUUAGCCAAACAAGGUCAAUGUGGAACACUGUGAUCGCUCUCUUGCUUACUCGUCGAUGAGUGCAAAUAUCAGUCUGGCAUCUACUGCUGAGUUACUCAUGUAAACCGGCUCUUCGUACUGCUCCGUAGCUUCACUCUGCUACCUCUUUAUUUUAUACUCAUUUCUUCUAUUUUUCUGACUCUAAGCUAAUUUAGUGUUCAUUAAUAUUUUGCAUUACUUGGAAGCUGUGGACUUUGAAAACAACACAAAACGUCAGACAUGAAGAAACCUGUCACGUUUUCUUUUAUAUUUCCAUCUUUUCACGCAACAAUUUUUCGUGCUAAUUAACGGCAGAAUGUUCAGAGUUGUUCGCUGCAUCACUGCUAACAGUGCUGCUCUGCGACUCAGCCUCGCUCACACACAUCUCUAUUGUGACUUCCGAAGAGCCCCAUGCUGCUUAUUGCUAGACAAAAGAUUCCUCUUUUAACUCUGAGUGCUCCCUGCAGCGACACAGACUCUUCUCUGAGUUUCAGCAGUGUUGGACUGCAGUCCUACUCACUAACUAGCAGAUAUGAAGUGCUUGUGAGAAUUGUAAACACUGCACUGGUCACAGGUAGCUUUUUUUCAACAGAUGAUUUCUUUAUCUAUUUUACUCAUCCUUGAUAUUUCGGGGAAAUGCUGAACAAACUGCUCGUUUUGCUUCAAUUUUUAUUGAUGUGCUGGACAUUUAUAUGGAUUUCAUCUGUGAGGCUCCACUUCACAUGAGAGAAAAGAAGAUGUGAAAUUCUGUAAGGAAAAAAAAAGAAAUGAUCCUAGACUGCUGCUGUAUAAGCCUACCUUCUCAUCACAUUCUACUGUUUAUCUGUUUGCUGAUGUAUUUCAGAACGAAUCAAGUCUUAAAAGGAGAGGUGUGUGUGUGUAGCUCCUCCAACUGUGUGUCCAAAGUGUCCCAUCUUGUGCAGGUCCUGCAUGAUGAUUUAUCUACAGUAUUAAUUAAAAGUGACC